ACUAGAUUGACCUUUGAACUCUUGGAUCAAUUUCGUCAACACGUCAGCGUGCAGCAUAUGCAGCCCCAGGCAGACAACUGCUAAGCCUAGCCAAGCGGAACAUUCCAGCCUCAACGGAAGAACGAAGACUUUCCCGCUCUAAUUACAGACUACAGCUAUUGUUGUUUGUCCUCAACGGCUCAAAACGUAACUUCAGAAGAAGACGCUUGGGACCAUCCAACUCUAACUGGGUUGUGCAAUCAGGUCGCUGACUACUGCCCCUCUUGCCUGGAGUUCGAGACAAGUCAAUCAAAUCGUCAACAUGGCGGAAGAAGUGUUUCCAAUCCACGAAGCUGACAGCAUGCUCUCACAAUCUUCAGACGAGCUUUUCAAGCAGUACCCGCGCUCUGAAGAGGUCAUCCGAGUGAUUUGCAACGAAGAUGAACUUAAAGCAGCGUGGACGCUACGCGACAAGUGUUUUCCCGCGGACGAGUACGUAUCGCUGGAGAGGUACCAAGAGCUCUACCGUGCGGCCCCGCAUCUCUUUUUCGGUUACUUCGACGGGGAUAAAGUGCGAGGGUUUCUUCGCGGGGCGAGCCAGAAGGCCGACCACUUCGCUCCAGAUUCCAUAGGUACAGGAAAUGUACAUGACCCGGAUGGUGAAACAAUGGUCCUACAUUUACUGUGUGUGGAGGAACAGUAUAGAAGAAGGGGAAUCGGCCAAGGGCUCAUGAAAGCCUUCAUCGAUUAUGUGAAAGCGAAGGAAACCAAGGUGAAGAGAAUCAUCCUCAUCUGCCAUGCAGAGCUCAUCCCAGUCUACACCAGGGUGGGCUUCACCUUGGUCGGGAGGGCGGAGGUCAAGUUCGGGAAGCGGUCGUGGUACGAGUGUUGCCUGGACCUCACCACGUAUGACUCGGCGGUGGCUGACGACGCUUUCCAGUCCAAAUACGUCUCCAUGACAACUGACAAUGUUCCCGUGACAACGGGCAACGCCAACGGAUCCACCAUUUCCGUGGAGAGUGAAGAAGAGUUCGAGGAACUCAAGGCUCUAGACUACAGUGAUUGACCUGUAACCUUUGACCUCAAGGUCACCCCAUGUAGUUCUAUUGAUUGCAGCAAAGAAGCUACAGCUGAAAUCAUUUUGGCAUAUAAUUUUGCAAAAUGCAGUCUUUGAUAUUUCAUCAAAAAUAAGUAUAAGGCAAAUGUAUAUAAAGUGGAAGCUUGCUAUUUUCUGUUCAAUACUUAUCCGGAAUGUUGUAAUAUUGUAGCCUGGUAUCCAGUCCAAAAAUACAUGUAGAAAGGACAGAAGAGACUCGGCAGCUAUAGUGCGGAUAUCAGGCUACAGUGGAUGUAGGUUUGGACAUUGUAUUGUUCUCAGGCAUGCAAAAUCAUUUGUUCGGGACAGUUAGCAAUUCCAACAGACCUUCAAUCUGUGCCUUCAUUCCAAAGUACUAAAUGGUAUUGGAAGGUCGACUUCUGCCAGUAUACUAUAUAUGCAAUGUUAAUAGUUACCUUUAAGAAUAUGUACUAGUAUGUAAUGCCCUGAAAAACAUAAAACAAAGGAAUUGAUUGAUAGUUGUUCAUUAGUUGAUAAUGCUAAAUCACUAUUUGAAGAUAUUAUAUGUACAUGUUAAUAUUUUCCAAUUUGUCAUAAGUAAUGUUUUUGUCAUGGGUAAUUAAGGUGAGGGGUCAUAUCAUAUAUAUAUUAUAUCAUCUGCACCAUCAGGCCAAGUCAAUAGUCAAUACUACUCUUACAUUUAUUAUACAUAUUAGUACAUGUAUAGUGAAAUAUAUACAGAAUAUUGUUAGUGAUUCACAUAUAUCGUAAAAGCACAUGUCGUAUGAUAUUUUCUAUGAAGAGAUAGGCAAUUGGCAUCCAGUAGCACCGAUAUAGCAAUAAAAUUAUAUUCA